GGUGAAUUAACAUAUGAAGCUUUGAAGAAAAUGAAAUAUUUGGAUAAAAUAAUGUCGGAGACUUUGAGAUUAUAUCCUCCGAUUAUAAGAACUAGCCGAAGAGCUGAAAAGACUUACAUUCAUGGAGAAACAGGCAUUACCAUUCAAAAAGAUGCGGUCAUUUUGCUUCCCAUUUUGGCUAUUCAUAGGGAUCCAAAGUACUAUCCAGACCCUGAGAAAUUUGAUCCAGAGAGGUAA